AUGCAAAAUUCAAAUUUCGCUAUUAAAUCUGGUGGGCAGACUGGUGUUGAAAGAGGUACAUUAGAUGCUGCCAGAGAUUUUAAUACUCAAACAGAUAUAUAUGAUACAAUUAUUAAUAUUACUGGAUGGUGUCCAAAGGGCAGAAGAGCAGAAGAUGGACAAAUUUCAGAUGAAUAUCCUCUUAAAGAAACUGCAACGGAUAUCUAUUUAAGUGAUAAUCAAGAAAAUGUUCCUAGAUGGUUUAAUGAACAUCAAGAAAAUGUUCUUAGAUGGUUAAAUGAACAUCAAGAAAAUGUUCUUAGAUGGUUAAAUGAACAUCAAAUAAAUCAUUUAAAU